CCCAAAAAUGCCUCCACUUGAUAUCUGAGUCACUCAUACCCAAUCAAGCUCUCUGCUUAGAAGAAGAGUAAUAAUAUUACUCGCAUCUCGCUCUCGGCCUCGGCCUUCGGACAUGGCUUACCCGAAAUACUCAAACCAAAACCCCAUACGGAUAUACCACCCAGAACAAAAUCCUAUAUAAGGAAUCCAUCCCGUCCCAUUACUACUGUAGCACUCGUACAACCCACCACCAUCAUCACCCAUCACAAAGACUGGCAACCACAAUCAUACAAUACAAUGACCCCCUCAAUCGGCCUCAUCACCUGCAGUCAGCGGUCCCCCCGCGCCGGACCCCAAAUAACCACCUUCAUCCAAUCCACUAUUCUACAGUCCCAUCCUACCGCAAACCUCACUGUCAUCGAUCUCGCGGAAUGGAAUCUACCCAUGUACAAUGAGCCCGGGAUGCCCUCGUACAUUACCUCAGCGGAUGAAUAUGUCCACGAGCACACGAAAGCUUGGUCGAGGGAAAUCGCCCGUCACGAUGCGUUUAUUUUCAUCACUCCGCAGUAUAACUGGGGGUAUCCGGCCAGUGUGAAGAAUGCGAUUGAUUAUUUGUUCCACGAGUGGAAGGGGAAGCCGGCGUUGGUGAUUGGUGUGGAUGGCUGGAAGAUGCGAUAUGUAAUGAAUGAGGUUAUGGAAUUCGACUUACUCAAUCACUCUGAUGGUCUGCUUCCCUAUAUUCCCUUUCGUAGGCUUGAUAACAGCCGCCGCUCUCCCCUCAACCCCCCUCCACUCGAGACGAUCACCUGCGACAUCUGCAUUCUCGGGGGCGGAAGCUCAGGGACAUACAGCGCCGUGAGACUAAAAGACGCAGGCAAACACGUAGUAGUGGUGGAGCCCAACAACCGCCUGGGAGGUCACACAGAAACACUCUACCUCCCAGACGAUCACUAUGUCGACUACGGCGUCGAAGGCGUCUUCAGUGACGAGUUAUCCAAGAACUAUCUCAGACGACUUGGAGUAGAAUGGAAGAGUCUGCUUCCGUCAAAUAAAAAAACCGAAUAUGUUGAUUUCACGACCGGUGAACGUGUGGACCCACCGGCAGGCGUUGUCAAUAUACUUUUGUCCACAUUCCAUUACCGCUCGGCUAUCAAGCACUGGACAGGUCUCUUGAAAGGGGUAUACGACCUCCCUGACCCCGUGCCCGAAGAACUCCUCCGGCCAUUUGGCGAAUUCGUCGAGAAACAUUCCCUUGAUGCCGCCCUGCAGUUGAUAUUUUUAUUCGCCCAUACUGUGGGAAACAUCCUCGAGUUACCCACCCUCUAUGCCAUCCAAUUCUUCGGAGUUCCACAUGUCGAUGCCCUUCUGAGGGGAUAUAUCACGCCCCGGAACGGCAUGGAUGAGCUAUACCAAGAGGCAGGGAAGGAACUGGGCCGCGACGUGCUGCUUCAGACGACGGCAGUUGAGACGAAGCGGUCUGAUUCCGGGGUGGACGUGACAGUGCAGCAUGCGAACGGCACUCGCAAGCUCAUCAAGGCGCGAAAUCUCCUGAUAACAUUCCCGCCGAUCAUGGAAAAGCUCCGAGGCUUUGAUCUGGAUGCGGUGGAAACGGAGAUGUUCGAAAAGUGGGUUUGGAGGAACUAUUACGUGGCGGUGCUCAACAAUACCGGGAUCCCGGACCAGAUCUCAGUCAUCAAUACAGACCCCAAAGCCGGCCCUGGGGAUCUGCCUCACAUGCCCUUUGAUUACCUGCUGCAGUAUAUGGGGGCGCCCGGACAUCUCACCAGCAAGCUAUUGGGUGAUAUGGAUUUCACUGCAGAGGACGCGAAGAAUCUCAUGGCGUCAGAUUUUGCUCGCAUGAAGGCCAAGGGCACAUAUCCGAUCGAGAAUCCUCAUAUUGUGGCGUUUGGCGAUCAUUCGCCAUCAGCGCCGAUAGUGUCGCCAGAGGAAAUUCGCAAUGGUUUUUAUCGGAAGUUGUAUGCGUUGCAGGGCAGGCGGAGCACGUAUUAUACGGGCUUGACGUUUUGUUCAGAUUAUUCGUCAUUGCUAUGGGCGUAUUCCGACACGGUAAUCGAGAAGAUGAAAUGGGGGAUGUAGUACAUAAAACUCUGAUGUGAAGAAAGCCUGCUGGACGAGUCAUUUUAUU